CGCAGGUUGAACAAAAAAUAUUCGAUCGAGACUAUCACGAGUACGCGCGAAGGAUCAUGGUUUCGUCGGCGAUAUUUGGCGCCGCGGCCGGCACGGGAUUAGCCCUGGUGGUGGCCAUGACGAUCCUAGUCUAUCGAUACUAUGCUGUGAAGCAGAAGGGAAAGUGGAAUUGGAGCAAUCUCGAUCGCUGGCCAGAUCCACCGACCAUCAGGAACAGCAUCGCUGAUGACCGGCUUCAUUACCACCACUGUCAUACGCCACCGCCGUCGCACGUGCUGGACUGCUGGAAAAAGCCUCAUAAGAGUUACUACGCCGUGCAAAUCGGGGAAUUCAAUAUUGCAAAGGAGCAGCAUGCUGUGCAACCCUUGACAUCUGAAUCGGGCUUACCUCAUCAAAGCCGCAGUUGCCCAGGCGGCGGUCGAACAUUGGCGAGAAACUCGUCCAUCAGCUCGCAGAGCUCGCUGGAGGGUACAUCUUGCUCCUCGAGUCAUCGCGGAUCAUCGCCCCAGAUCAGGGCAUUCGGUCCGGAUGGACGGCAUCAUGCUCGACACGACCCUUUACACGCCGCCUUCUCGUAUCCACCCAGCAGGAACUCAAGUUUCGGAACUUCCCACAGGUCCCCUUCACCAGCUAGGGCGGCGUCCUUGGAUGCACGUUGUGGAAGUCCUGCCAGUUACUCGGGCAGCCUGCAUAGUGGAAAUGCGUCGCCUUCGCAAACCUCUUUGUCGUCAGUGGCAACGGGCGUAAGUUCCACUUGCGCGUGUUCGCCAAUAAAUGCCGUUCAAGGCACUUCAAGACAGGCCAGUCGUUGCUUGUCGCCUCUUCUCAUCCCGCCGCCACGUGCUUCUAUAAGCGGCAACAACGGUGGCCCAAUACCGCCUGCUUCCCCGCUUGGUUCUUUACAACCGGAUCUCUACCAAAAGCAAGACAGUAAAGUCUUUCUCAGCGCCCGCAGGACGGGGAAGCACCUGGGCGAGCUUCACCUGCGCUUAAAGUAUGACUUCGAUAGAUCGGACUUACACGUGCACUUGAUCGAGGCAAAGGAUCUCGCUGGCAGCGAUCAAGGCGGCUUCAACGAUCCCUACGUAAAAUUGACCCUCAGCCCGGAAGUGGACACCAGGAAGAGGCAGACUCAGAUCCAUCGGAACAAUCCGAAUCCGAGUUUCAAUCAGCACUUCAAGUUCCCCGUUAGCUACGAGGAACUGCAGGAAAAGACCUUAGUUUUGCAGGUGUUCGAUUACGAUCGCUUCUCGAGGAACGAUGUGGUGGGUUCCCUGAGGGUGGCAAUGGACGGUCUCGAGCCGGUCUCCUCCACUUCCUGGACAGACGUCUGGGGAGAAAUAGCGAGGGAGCGCAAGCCGCCGGAAGAAAUCCAAGAAGUUUUAGUUUCAUUGUCCUACUUGCCGAGCGCUGAGAGGCUUACCGUGCUCAUAAUGAAAGCCAGGAAUCUGUUUCCCCAGCAGGAUAAGGACACUUUAGAUCCGUUUGCAAAAGUCAGCCUUCUCUGUGGUGAAAGAAGAAUAAAGAAGAAAAAGAAGACAGCCGUUAGAAGGGCAACGAUGAAUCCCGUUUGGAACGAAGCAAUGUCAUUUAACAUACCUGCCUCGUCACUUGCAUCAUCGGCUAUAGAGGUGCGUGUGUUGGAUUCGAGCAGCGAGUUGAUGGGCGGAAACGCCGUGGUCGGAACCUGCAUUAUCGGACCCGCUACAGGCUCGGACAGCGGCAACAGUCAAGGACGAGAGCACUGGCUCCAAAUGACGUUAUCGCCGAGGAAGCAAAUCGCGCAAUGGCACACGCUACAUUAGCUUGAUCAUUGCAAUCGAAACGUAUUUGACUUAAUUCAAAGUAAUUCACGUUCUCGCUCUCGAAGAACGAGAACAAUCCCAUCGUAACGAAUAGUCGGACGACCACGUAUACAUAAUGAAACAUGUAGCGGUAUUACAAAAACAGUAAAAAAGCGAGAAAGAAUAUAUAUAUAUUUCCCUAAAAGGAAAAAAAAGAUAAGGAGAAAUGUCCCACUGAGAAACUGUUCUUCUGCACUUUUAUAGAUAUAUUAAUGGUCAUUCAACAUAUCGUCUAAAACGUCGAUGUACAAGAGAAAAAGAAAAAAAAGAAAAAAAAAACGAAAAAAAGAUGCACAAGUUGCGUGAUCGUAUGUCGUGUGAAUAUUCUUCAUGUGUCCGCGCACAUAAACAGGCACAAUGCACUUACGUUUUCGUUUGUUGCACGAUAUUUGAUGCUGUAAUUCCAACUGUAUAUUACGUUUUUGGAUACCUGAAAGAUUUUAGAGACGUAUUUUUGAGACAAUUGACCCACCAGAGACAGCGAGCUCCACGAGCAUUAUCACGAGGGUAAUAACGUAAUCUCCAACUGUGAAGCAAAGGAAAAGACCGAUCUCGCGUUUUACGCUUGACACGGAUCAAUAAUUAAACGUACAAAGUAAUACUUUAAGAGAAGAUGGACGCACUCCAAGGAGACGGAUCACUGAGUAAAUUCUAAAUACGUUGGUCGAACGUUUGAAUCUGUCACCUCUCAGGUGAUGAACUAUUUUCUCUCAAGUUUAUAAGAUUGAUCCUUAUUUCUCUUAUGAUUGUACCUCUUCGAGAAAAAAGAGAAAAAAAGAAAAAAGAAAAGAGGAACUUGUUACAUGUGUCAUCGAAAGCUUAAGUCUGUCGUUGUGUGACAAAUGUGGCCUGGAAGAGUUCAAAGUGCGCUACGUCUAUAUAGCUUGCAGGUUAAUCGAAGGCCUAAUAUUAUUCCCUGCGAACGAACAUACUAAUCGAGUAUUGACUGUCGUUUAUCGCCGUAUUGUCGAGUGUGUAAUUUAUACACUAAAAAAAAGCGAAACACAAUGGAUGUGAAGAAAUCGAGCAUCAAGAUGUUCUUUCUUUCGAGCAUCGAAUGUCGUUCAUUUGCCGCUCGUGUAUAAUCCUAUUUUAUUUGUUGCGCAUUGAUCUUUGCUGAUCACGAUUAAUGAUACAGAUAUUCGGCUGCAUUUAUAUUUAGGGUAAUUUAGAAAUAUUUCGACAUGCUAAUAUCAGAAACAAAAUAAUUCCAGGAUAACUGGUCAACGUUUCCGUCGAUUGAGAUGGAUGUUUUUUUAUCUUUUCUUUAACUAUGUAAAACAGCAGAAAUCGCGGGACACAGACACUCAAAAGCAACUUUAAUUUAUAAUUGUAAGAGUAAAUUGUUCUCUUUUUAUUAGAUUAAAGAAGAUCUCAACACUCGUUUGAGAAAAUUCAGAGACUUUGUGUAAGACUGAUAUAACAAUAUAUAUUUUUGGAUAUAUAAAUAUUACAUUGAUAUAAAAAUACUAUAUUAUAAGAAAACAUUAUAUUAUUUAAAUACAGUUGUCUAACCUUUGUGCAUUUGUCACGCAUUUCCCGUGGAGUCACUUGGAACAUUCUCUGCAAUAAAACAUCCGGAUUUGUACUAUAUAUAUUAUCAUAAUAAAACCCGUUAAAAAUUUUAUAAUAAUUAUAUCGAUGAUUACUGUGAAAAUAUCGAGAUCUCCCACAUGUCGAAAUGAUUCUAAAAUACCCUAAUUCCUCGUUUUUAUUUUAUCAGCGAUAUUUAUACCAAUUGAGAAUUAUAAAUAUGAAACUGUCUCUGACCAAAACCCACUAUAUCAUAUUGAUAAGUUACAGUUUUAUUGUCAAGUCUAUUUUUUCCUCGUUUAAAUAUUGAAAUGAUAAACUUGUCAGUUCUUACAACAUAUCUAGAAUAUAUAUACGUUGUACAGCAUUGCGUUUUAAAUGUCUUUGGUUCGUCAGCCGAAAUUACAAUAUCGUGAUCCUUGUUGGAAAGAAAAAAUUUAAAUGUUGAUAAAUAUUAAAAGUAUAUAUGAGAUAUAAAUAUUAUAUAAAAAUAUAUGAGAU